AUGAGCAAUUACGGCACUCCGAUGGAGAUUGACGUGCCUGCUGGAUCAAAAGCUAGUGGUAGUGGCAAGGCUAAAGAUAGCUCGAAGAAGCGCUUUGAAGUUAAGAAGGUAUUAACUGAUUUAUUGUUUACGGAUGGAAUGCCGUAG